GGUCUUGUAUUUUACGGAUCUCUUACACUGUUAGGAAGAUGGAGUCCAGAAAACGAAAAGUCCACAUUAUCAUCAGUUUCAGUUUCUGGCAUGCAAGUCGGUACGUUUGUUGGUAUAAUUACGACAGGAUAUGUCUGUCAACACAUAGGAUGGCCUUUUAGCUUCUACACAUUCGGUGUAUGUGGGAUUGUCUUUACUUUAUGUGUCACGUGCACAGUUUAUGACAGACCUCAAGAACAUCCCAGAAUAUCUGACAAAGAAUUGACGUUUCUUAACGAAUGCGUAACAAACAUCACCCCAACAGAAACGAAGUUGAAUAUUCCUUGGAAACAAAUUUUAACAUCCAGAACAGUAUGGAUACUAGCUAUGACGAAAAUAUGUCUUGGUUUCGGUUAUUUUACAAUAUUGACCAAGAUUCCAUCAUAUUUAGAGAUUAUUCUCCACUUCCCUAUCCAAAAGAAUGGAAUAAUGAGUGCGUUAGUUUAUUCCGUGGAUUGUAUUGCCAUAUUUAUUUCUGGUUUCAUUGCUGAUUUCAUAAAAUCUCGUAAAUAUUUAAGUAUAACUAAUAUCAGAAAACUUUGCGAAACAAUUGGAUGCGAAAGUACAAAUGUAAUUAUUUGUUUAAUGAUUGGAAUGGGAUGUUUUGGCUUUAAUAUUUCAGGAGAUGUUGCAAUAGCGCUUGAUUUAGCUCCAGAAUUUGCAGGUGUCAUUUACGGAUUGACUGAUAGUUUAUAUAACGCUGCAGGUAUAUUUUCACCCUAUGUUGCUGGAGUUAUAUUAGAUAAAAACGUAAACAUGAUUCAAUGGAACUACGUUUUUUAUAUGGCCUCUUCGGCUUACAUUCUUGGUGGUGUUAUUUUUAUAUUUGGAGCUACUGCAAAAGUUCAACCUUGGGCUACCAUUAAUACAGACAACGAGAAACAAGACAACAAUUAAUCAUGAAUCUAAAUCGAAUUUUGU